AUGCAGAUUCAGUGUAUGAAAACCCGUUCUUCAAACAUGCUUAAUUUUGAGAUUUCCCAACCCAUUUCUGUCCCUGAGCAAACCAACAUUGUAUCAAACAUUGUAUCUGGAUACACCUCCGACAGAGAAAACACAGCCACAAUUGAUAACCAAACUGUGGAUGCCUUCAAUAAUGGUGAUAAUAAUAAUAAUCAGCCCAUGCCCAAUGUUGAAUAUGAUCAUAUCAUUAAAGAAUUAGCUCCAAUGGAAAACAUUGAAAACAAAACCGCAUCUUUGGUAUAUGACUUCAGUCAACGUCUUCCUACUUCUAAUUACAAUGAAUUUCUCAUAAAAAAUACGAAAAUAUUACCAAUUAUUCCAAUGAGAUUCGUGCCAGCUCUACAGAUAUCAUGUAUAGAAGGAGUAAAGCAUAUACCUGCUACGAUGACAGAGGCUUGUGUUGACUUUAUCCCAACAAGAACAAAUAAGAUACCGAGUGCAACUGCAAGGAUAAAUGCACUGAUCAACUAUCUGUGGAAAAAGAAACAGGAGACGUAUAUCAGCGUAUUCUUAGAAGAGCAAAAGCUCAUUCAACUGCAGUUCUACAUGUAUACAAGGCAAUGCCAACAUAUUAUGCGUGAAGACGGCAUUUUAAGCAGAGAAGUUCAAGGAGAAGAGUUGAGCCAAUGUGCAUCUAAUUACUUGGGGCUUGUGCUGCAGUAUGGUAGCUACCGGACAAUCUUUGAAUGCAAACAAAUUAUAAGGACUUCGUCUUUAAUCACAAUUACUUGA